AUGGCAGCCCCCACUAUUACACAGAGAGACAUUGGUACAGAGACCGAGGACCAGAGGCAUCGUGUUUAUGAGCAUGCAGAUACAGAGACCGAGGACCAGAGUCAUCAUGUUUAUGAGCAUGCAGAUAUCGGUACCGCAUCCUCCAAGACUUCUUUGUCGCAGCGCGCCCCGACUGUUCCCAUCGCCUUGAGAAGCUGGCAUAUGUAUCUCAAUGUGGGCUUGGGCAAAUUAUCAUACACGAACGUCCUCGGGCAGAGGAAUGAGUGUAUCCGCUCUCAACUAGGAAAUAUGAAGAGCAAAAUCGACCCAUUUGGAAAGAUAAUCAGCGAUAUGCCGAUUGGGCUUGACGUACAUGUCGAACACUCCGUGUACUCGACGUUCCCUUACCCUCCUAUGUUUAGGAAUUUACUAGAAGAGCAGAGAGCGUUGCCAGUCUUCCGAGAGAGCGAGGAGAGCAGUGUAGAAGCUCGCUCCACCCCAGCGGCUGCCAGCCAGCCCGACGGAGAUACGCAGGCCACAACCCGUAUAAAAGACUGGGGCGUCAGAAAUUGCUUAUUCGGCAUUGUCCGGGCUUCAGUCAUUGAGAUCGAUAACCAGGUUCAGCCAGUUUACGUGGUCAUUGGUAUAUUCCCACGCGGCUAUACCACUCCGCGGGAGAUGGUUGUCUUCGUCGAGAACCCCAGUCACCUCUUCUGGAAACUCCAAUGGGCGGCCUUUCGUCUGCGCGGAUUGACCCGCAGCUUGUUUUCUCUCAGGCAUAUCAAAGAGUUUAGACUAUACCAUUGUAAUCCCAAAAACGGAACCCACGAACGGAUCAGGCUUGACAGCAACGGGGUGGCAGAUUUGCAGCUGCUUCUGGACGCGUACAAACAGUGGCUGACCCCCAACUAUAUUUCGCGGAACUGGGCAAAAUGGAUCCACCAAGUGAUGAACAACAACUCGCAUGAUGUGCUGCACGGUUCAUAUUCGCUCGAGCUCGUGUUAGGUUGGUCCUCAACUAGGAUAUCGGUCGUAGUGCUCCUGCCCGUACUGCUGAGUCUGGCGAUCGGCAUAUACCUCAACUCGAGCAAUUGGUCAGACCUGGCAACCACACAGACUGCUUGGGGUACUGCUUCGUUUGUCGUGACUGCGGGAGGUUUGACGGCGGCAUUACUAGGUAUAUUAAGUAGUAUUGCGGAUAAAUGA